AUGGCUUCGACCCUGUCAUGCUUUCUUCCUCCUCCUCCUGCCGCGUCGCCGACCCGCCUGCGCCGAAGCGGCGCGAGCGCCGGCAGGCCGGGGCGUCAAUGCAGGGCAUGGAGCAACGCCGCCGGGACGAGGAUGAGGAGGGGCGGCGGCAGGCUGCGCGUGGAGGCUCUGUUCGGCGAUGGAGGAGGAGAGGGAGAAGACGCGUUCCGGGCGGUGAUGAGGAUCGUGAGGCUCAACUCCGCCAUCCAGAACCGGAGCGUCCGGGAGCUGCUGGAGCUGGUCGCCGACGAGUGCCGGUAUUUCUGCCGCAACAUCCCGGCCGUCAGCGUUUCGGAGAUGAGCAAGAGCGUGUUCCUGUUUCUACAUGAGAUGAUGCUCCGGCACCAGGUCUCGUUCGUGCUCAAGCCCGCGGAGAACGGAGCCUUCGACCUGGGUGUCAAGUGGUCGCUAGAAUGGAAGGGCCAGAAGCUGCCUUGGGACGUAGACUGCACUGUAUCCACGACCCACGUCUACACAGGCCUACUGCUCAUCAGUCAAGUGAACAAGGCAUGUGGGCCGCUCCUGCAGAGGAUUCUACAGAUGAUUUACCAGAAUCUGGAUGCGGUAGUUCUGAUCGUGGCAAACAAGUUCCUACCAGACGGCACGCUGGAUGAGAAGGAGAGAAGCAACAUAAUUGUGUGCGCCAUCAUUGGCCUGGUGGUCAUGGUUCUGUUCUACGCCAUGUUUAACAACUUGUAG